GAACCAGCGAAACUACAAGAAAUGGAUGCAAAAGAAAUCGAACCGAAGCGAACAACGACAACAACAUGGAACACAGAAACAAUCCCAAAAGUAAUGAAAAUUGUCAGCACAAAACUCCCUCAAAGAGACCUCAUUUCUCUUUUACUUGUCAGCCCCUGGCUUUACAGGACACUCACUUCCUUCCCACCUCUCUGGAUGGCUCUUGAUUUUCGUGAGAUGAAUAAAGCUGGAGAUAGACUCAUUGCUGCUACUUCACUGCCAAGAUAUCAGCACGUGAAGGAGAUAAACCUUGAAUUUGCACAAGAUAUCGAAGACGAACAUCUAGAAGUCCUGCAAAGCAAGUGUUUUGUUUCUCUUCAAAAACUGGAGUCUUUAAACCUGAAUGGCUGCCAAAAGAUAUCUGACAAAGGAAUAGAAGCAAUAACCAGUACUUGUUCUAAACUAAAGGUCUUCUCUAUUUAUUGGAAUGUCAGGGUAACAGACAUUGGUAUAAAGCACGUGGUGGAAAAUUGCAAGCAAAUUGUUGAUUUGAACUUGAGUGGGUGUAAGAAUAUAUCUGACAAAGCCUUGCAAUUAAUUGCUGAAAAUUAUCAAGAAUUGGAGUCAUUGAACCUGACUAGGUGCAUCAAGCUAACAGAUGGUGGCUUGCAACAAAUAUUAUCCAAGUGCUCCUCUCUACAGAGUUUAAAUCUUUAUGCUCUUUCCAGUUUCACAGACAAAGCCUAUAAGAAGAUAUCAAGUCUAUCCCUUCUAAAAUUUUUAGAUCUAUGUGGUGCGCAGAAUCUAUCUGAUGAAGGACUCUCUUGUAUAGCUAAAUGCAAGAAUAUUGUCUCUCUCAAUUUGACAUGGUGUGUUCGUGUCACUGAUGUGGGGGCUGUAGCUAUUGCUGAAGGUUGCACCUCUCUUGAAUUUCUCAGCUUGUUUGGAAUAGUUGGUGUGACAGAUAAGUGCCUGGAGGUCCUUUCAAGGUUCUGCUCAAACACAGUUACAACCCUUGAUGUAAAUGGAUGCAUUGGCAUAAAGAGACGAAGCCGUGAUGAAUUGCUUCAAUUGUUUCCUCGUUUGAGGUGUUUUAAAGUGCACAGCUGAUGUGGUGUUAAGUGGAUAGCUUACUAUCAUCCCUUCUCAUCAAGGCAUGACUAUACAGCGGGUCACAGCAAGGUCAUUCCAGAUAAAGGUGAAAAGGCCAGGAUACGUUAUGAAAAAUUACAGAUGCUUUCAGGACACAUUGAACACUGAAGUCUUCGAAUCUUACAUGUAUUGCUAAGAAACAGUUUAGAGCCUGAACACCUCUUACAAAUCUGAGUUGGUUUAAAAUAGCUGUGCUAGAUGAAAUUUUUUUAUCAGAUAUAUCUUACUGUAAUAUCACCUUAUUGUUUUUUAUCAUUUGAUAUUUCUUUUUGGUCA